GACAAAAAUAGAAAAAGAGAAAAAAGAACACGCUAAGUUACAUGGAAUGAUUCGUACAGAAAUUAGCGGGGCCGAAAUAGCAGAAGAGAUGGAAAAAGAGCGAAGAUUCUUCCAAUUGCAGAUGUGCGAGUAUCUGCUGAAAGUCAAUGAAAUCAAGAUUAAAAAAGGAGUUGACUUGCUUCAAAAUCUAAUCAAGUAUUUCCACGCGCAGUGCAAUUUCUUUCAGGAUGGCCUGAAAGCAGUUGAAAGCCUCAAACCCUCGAUAGAAAAGCUCUCAACAGAUCUUCACACUAUAAAGCAAGUGCAGGAUGAAGAAAGGAAGCAAUUAAUUCAACUUAGGGAUAUUUUAAAAUCCGCACUGCAGGUUGAUCAGAAAGAGGAUUCCCAACUCCGUCAAAGUACAACGUACAGUUUACACCAACCUCAGGGAAAUAAGGAGCAUGGCACGGAAAGAGACGGCAGCCUCUAUAAGAAAAGUGAUGGGAUCAGGAAGGUGUGGCAGAAGAGAAAGUGCAUUGUUAAAAAUGGCUUCCUAACUAUUUCCCAUGGUACA